GGUUGAAGCCCCCUAUUCUGUUUUGUUGUUUUUUUGGAGGAUGUCAAUGUUAUGCUUAUGGUGCAAAUAGUAUGAAAGAUGGGUCUUUCUUUUUCCGGGUGCCUUCGUUGUUGAAUUCAUUGAAAUAAUAGGCUGAGAAGUGAAGGCCAUUGAGUUGGGUGGAGGCAGAUUGACCUUACAGUGAGAUGGCAGGUGUGAUGACACAGAUGAUGGUAUUGAUGGUGAUGAUGAUGGUGAUCUCUGCAUUUGCGUCGGACACAAAUCCUGUAUUUGAUCCUUGUUCAGAUGCGAAGGUUCAGAGAUUGGAUGGUUUUACAUUUGGUCUUGCAUUUUCUUCGAGAGAAUCAUUCUUUUUCAAUCAAACUCAGCUUUCACCCUGUGAUCGGCGUCUCUCCCUUGGCGAUAAGGCUCAACUUACCAUCUUUAGGCCAAAGGUUGAUGAGAUUUCUCUCCUCACCAUCAAUAGCACUACCUUUGAUCCGAAUAUGUAUGGCGGGUAUAUGGUUGCAUUUGCUGGACGCCAAUAUGCAGCAAGAUCAUUGCCAACAUUAGUUGCAGACAAUUCUCACACCAUAAGAAGUUUUACUCUGGUGCUUGAAUUUCAAAAAGGCACUCUCCAAAACUUGUUCUGGAAAAAAUUUGGAUGCGCGUCGUGUUCUGAGGAGUCUUCUGUUUGCAUCAACCACACAGAUUGUGCGGUUCCAACUUCCAAGUGCAAAAGCAAUGGUGGAACUGUUGACUGCAACCUAGGAAUACAAUUGACUUUCUCAGGCACAGAUAAGAACGAUAAUGUCCUCAACUCAUGGUACGAAGUGGCAAAUCUUCGGCAAUACUCUCUCUUUGCCCUGUAUUCUAAUGUUCGUGGUUAUAUAACUGGACUGUAGAAGUAGUUUUUAUAUUCCUACACGACCUGUCACUGUACCACAGCCAUUUUGGAAAUCUUGCAUGAUGGUGAAAUUAUUGUAUUACACGAAAGAGCAGAUUACCCAAUAGGCCAGUGUUGAGGCAACAUUGG